UUAGAUAAUAAUUGCAUUAAUAACUCGCUUAUAUCAGUGUGUUUCCUGACGCUAAUCGCAGUGCUUUUGGAAUGACGCUGUAGUCAGCUAACUAAAGUAGCUUUGUGAUAAGGUGCAGCAUGAUUCUACAAACAAAGAGGCUGUUUGUUCUCGAUGGAGCCAGAAGAUCAUGUCUCUGAUACUAUUUGCCUUUUUGGUCCGGGUCAGGGAUGGACUUCCCCUGUCAGCCUCCACAGACUUUGAACACAACCGGGAGCUUCAGGAGAAGAAGCAGCAGCUCAGGACAAUCAGCAAGUCUCUGGCGCACUUCCCUGACUGUGGCAUUAUUAAGGGCCAACAGCUUAACAUAUACUUCGUCUCUUCAGAGGAUGUAUCCUACAUGAGCGUGUGCCACUGCAGCUUGCCUGUCGUUAAAGCCUUCUGCUUCCUGGAAGAUUUGCGCUGGGAGUUCACAGCUUGCAUCAGCAGCAGUGACGUUGCCUUGGCUGCCAGGCCAUAUCCAUUUUUGGAAUUUGACAGCACAAUUCAGAAACUGAAGCAGCAGUACAACCGCAGUGGUGGUCCAGCUCUUGAAGUGACUUUGGCAGAAGUUGAAGAGAAUCUACGAGUCCGUCCUCCAAAAGAAAUUAACUUAGAUGAAGUGGAGUUUAACAAUGGUAUUGCGAAUGGCCACACAGAGCACAGCGCUGCAUCGGGACAUAAUCAGAGGCUUGAACCAGUGUCAGCUCCAGGCAUCCUCUCACUUGUUCUUAACAUCUUAUGUGCAUCUUUAAAUGUGAUCCGGGGGGCGCACCUCAUGGAGAACACAUUCCAGGAUGACUAUGAAGGCAUUUGUAAUGUCGUGGCGUUUUUCUUGGCGUUUCUCUGCUGUGUAUUCCAGUGCCACCUCUACCUUUUCCACUCCCCUCUGAAGAAGAUGAAGUCCUUCGCUCUGCUGAGUGUGAUCGUCCUAUGCAACUCGUACCUGCUGGGCAUGAGGAACACGUGGCAGCUCGUCUUCCACGUUUCCGUGGCUUCCUUCUCCACCGUUCUCACUCUGAUGCGCAAACUUCAAGACAGAGUCGGUGACUGUGGGGUCUGAGGACAUGUUUGUCAGGAAAAUCAGGGAAUUUAAAGUUAAAAUCAUGUGGAUUUAAACAAUUCGUACUUUUAUUGUCGCCACAGAAACUUUUUAGUGUUUACUCCUGUUUUCUUGUUAGGGAAGUGAUUAUUUAUUUCUGGAUUAUUUGAAGUAUUUGAGUAACUUCAGCUCUGUAAGUCGAACAAAAGAUGAAGGAGUUUGUCUGUCCAGCUUGCAGACCAAAGUUUUUCAGUUCUGUUGGUGUCUUAAAGCUACAAUCUCACUUCGCUUCAGUGCUUUUCAAUGUAACAUCUUUAAUUUUUUAUGUUCACAAAAACACUUUGUGAUUGUCAAAAAGUUAUUUAAAUGUAGUCAUAGGAAUAAAAACAUUUUAUAGAAAAAAAAAUACAUGUGUAUUAGAAUGAAGGAUAGUGGGAAACGCUGCUUCUUUUUUGUAUUUUUCCAGAUAAACUCCUCUUUAUACAAGCGUAGAACUUUGAAAGGGAUUUGUGAAUGUGUGUUUGAAAUUUUCAUUGAUUUAACGAAAUGCUCAGCUGCUCUACAUAUUUAAAUGGUAUAUAAAUAGGCCUCACAGUUAAAUGGGGAUUUCAAUCCGUUCAAGUUUAAAAGAUCAAAAUAUUAGUUCUUAAGUCUUAAUUUUAAAUGUAAGGAAAAGAAAGAUAAAUGAACUGUUUCAUAGAUAAAUAUAAUCUGCACUGAUAUUUAAAGUUUUUAUUUUUUAUUGGGGGGCAUUUGAUUUAUGGUAUUUGCUUGAUUUGUUUACUGUAGUAAAGUAAAACAUUUUUUUUUUUCCUUUAAUCGUUUAAACCUUUGGUUCCUGCUUUAAAUUGUAGUGCUGCUUCAUAAAAACAAAAGUAUUUCUGUUUUAAUAAAAUGAAUACAUCAUCUGUUUUUAAUAAAGAACAAAGAGGUUUAUUACACAGGAUGUCCAAUAUUUAUUUUUUUUCUUUUGAAAACUGGUAAUAUCACUGACACCAUAGAAUCUAUACUUUUUCAUGUUUAUUAUUAAUUUCUAAUAAAACUAUUUCUGUUUUUGUUUUUUUUGUUUUUUGGCUCACAGUUUUUGUUGUGAUGCAAUAAUUAUUUAAUUGAUUAAGUUUUAAGUAUAUAUGUCAGGAUUUUGAUACAGACAUUAAAAAAAAAUAAUACAAUCCUUUUUUUUAUUUCUGUUAACAUUUAUUUUGAUAUACAGUAUAUUUAAAUGCAACUUUGGUGGAGUUUACAUGUAUUUUCUCCAGCUCUCCAGCAGAUGGAGCCCUCUCACUUCAUUGUUGAGAGUUGGAGGAUUUCUCUGAUGACCUUCCACUGAUAAAGCUUUGCUGGAGACCUAGUAGGGAGCCAGUUCAUCACCCAAGUUGAAGUCAAAAAGCCCCUCAGUGGGAAGGCUCCAGAGGUGGAUGAGUCUCUGGAAGUUAUAGGGGUGUUUUGGGUGACUCUUCUUUACUACAUUGUGAGGAUAAAACCUCUUGACUGGCAGUCUGAAGUCAGUGGUGAGGACAGGAAGGUGUUUUUCAACUUUAGUUUGAUCACAGUACUCUGCCUUUCUUGGAAAGGCAGGUUAAUCUAUGUUCCUGUCCUCACCUAUAUUCAUGAGCUUUAAGUUAUAUUUUACUAAAAUAAUAAGAUCCCAGAUACCAACACAUUGUCAUUCCCGAGUCAUCACACAUUGACAUUAAGAAACGUCAAAAAACGAUGAGUUGGGUACAACCAAAACAUAAAUUUUAGACGGUUUGGUUGUACCCAACUCGUCGUUUUUUGACUUUUUUGGCUCUAAGUAAGCAGUAAAAUAGGGAUGUGUGGUUUUUUGAAAAAAAAAAAA